UCCAGCCUCCAAGAGUUAACCUGCAGCGGGUGUUCAGGGAGCCAAGGCGGAAGAUACCCAAGCGUCCCGGCAGGCUUUCUGGCUUGCAGGGAAUGCCGAGCAGCUGCAGCAGCGAGUCGGGUAGAUUUGGGAACGCAUUGAGCAAUCAGCCUCAUAACCUGCAAGGGACAAGGAGCAAGAUUCUUCAUGACCAUUUGCUCUCCUGGGAGGUCAACACUGCUUUGAUUCCCAGAAUCAGGAGAAAUGGCAAAGCGUACCUUCUCCUCCUUGGAGGCAUUCCUCAUUUUCCUGCUGGUAAUGAUGACAGUCAUCACUGUGGCUCUUCUCACCCUCUUGUUCGUCACCAGUGGGACCAUCGAAAACAACAAAGACUCCGGAAAUCAUGGGUCUUCAACCACCCAGGGCCCCGCAGCCACCCAGACCUCUCCGACCACACACAUUUCAGAGCCUCCUCCAUCUCAGAACUUCAGUGGCUACUACAUUGGUGUUGGGCGAGCCGACUGCACAGGACAAGUAUCGGAUAUCAAUUUGAUGGGCUAUGGCAAAAGCGGCCAGAAUGCACAGGGCCUCCUCACCAGGCUGUACAGCCGCGCUUUCAUCUUGGCGGAUUCAGAUGGGUCAAAUCGGAUGGCAUUUGUCAGUGUUGAACUAUGUAUGAUUUCCCAACGACUCAGGCUGGAGGUCCUGAAGCAGCUACAGAGUAAAUAUGGCUCUCUGUACCGAAGAGACAACGUUAUCCUGAGUGGCACUCACACACACUCAGGUCCAGCAGGAUAUUUCCAAUACACACUCUAUAUACUAGCCAGUGAAGGCUUCAGCAAUCGAACCUUUCAAUACCUGGUGUCUGGCAUUGUGAAGAGCAUUGAGAUAGCACACACAAAUCUUAAACCAGGCAAAAUCUUUAUCAACAAAGGAAACGUUGCUAAUGUGCAGAUCAACCGAAGCCCCUCUUCUUACCUGCAGAACCCGCCGUCGGAGAGAGCGAGGUAUUCUUCAGACACAGACAAGGAAAUGGUAGUCUUGAAAAUGGUAGAUUUGAAAGGAGAAGACUUGGGCCUUAUCAGCUGGUUUGCCAUCCACCCCGUCAGCAUGAACAAUAGCAACCACCUUGUGAACAGCGACAAUAUGGGCUACGCAGCCUACCUGUUUGAGCAAGAGAAGAACAGAGGAUAUCUACCUGGACAGGGACCAUUCGUAGCAGGCUUUGCUUCAUCAAAUCUCGGAGACGUGUCCCCCAACAUCCUCGGUCCACAUUGCACCAACACAGGAGAGUCUUGUGACAAUGAAAAAAGCACCUGUCCUGUCGGCGGGCCUAGCAUGUGCAUGGCCAGUGGACCUGGGCAAGAUAUGUUUGACAGCGCACAGAUUAUAGGACGGGCCAUCUAUCAGAGAGCCAAGGAGCUGCACCAUUCUGCCUCCCAGGAGGUGACUGGACCAGUGUUUGCAGCUCAUCAGUGGGUGAACAUGACAGACGUGAGCGUGCAGAUCAAUGCCACACACGUAGCGAAGACAUGUAAACCUGCCCUGGGCUACAGUUUUGCGGCAGGCACAAUUGACGGAGUUUCAGGCCUCAAUAUUACACAGGGAACAACAGAAGGGGAUCUAUUUUGGGACACUAUUCGGGACCAGCUCUUGGGCAAACCAUCUGAAGAAAUCAUAGAAUGCCAUAAACCCAAGCCAAUCCUGCUUCACACUGGAGAGCUGACGAAACCUCAUCCUUGGCACCCAGAUAUUGUUGAUAUUCAGAUUGUGACUCUUGGAUCGUUGGCCAUAGCUGCUAUCCCUGGGGAAUUUACAACCAUGUCAGGACGACGAUUUCGAGAGGCAGUUAAAAAAGAGUUUGAAUUGUAUGGGAUGAAGGAUAUGACCGUUGUUGUUUCGGGUCUAUGCAAUGUUUACACACAUUAUAUCACUACGUACGAAGAAUACCAGGCUCAGCGGUAUGAAGCAGCAUCUACAAUUUAUGGACCACACACUCUGUCUGCAUACAUCCAGCUCUUCAGUGACCUUGCUAAAGCAAUUGCUACGGACACAGUAGCCAACAUGAGCAGCGGUCCUGAGCCUCCAUUCUUCGAGAACCUGAUAGCUACACUUAUCCCUAAUAUUGCGGAUAGAGCACCGAUAGGCAGACAGUUUGGGGAAGUCCUGCAGGCAGCAAAACCUGAAUACAGAGUGGGAGAAGUGGUUGAAGUUACAUUUGUAGGUGCUAACCCAAAGAAUUCAGCAGAAAAUCAGACCCAUGAAACCUUCCUCACUGUGGAGAAGUAUGAGGACUCUAUAGCCGACUGGCAGAUAAUGUAUAAUGAUGCCUCCUGGGAGACGAGGCUUUAUUGGCACAAGGGACUACUGGGUCUGAGCAAUGCAACAAUUGAAUGGUAUAUUCCAGAUACUGCACAGCCUGGAAUCUACAGGAUACGAUAUUUUGGACACAACCGGAAGCAAGAACUUCUAAAGCCUGCCGUCAUACUUGCAUUUGAAGGCAUUUCUUCUCCUUUUGAAGUUGUAGCUACUUAGUGAAAUGUUGACAGAUCUUGAAAAACAGCUUUUCUCUGUGUACAUUAUAGAGUGAUUUCACACAAAUGUGAACUACCAGUUUGAUUUCUUUUGUGGCUGUCCCUGCUUGGGGGACAGAUAGUUUAUUGCUGGUGGGACAGAUAUGCGUGUUUAUGUGUUUGUAUGAUUAUGCAUAUGCAUGCUUACAGGGAAGGGGGAGAAGAGGGCAGAGAGAAAGAGAAAGAAAGAAAGAAAGAGAGAAAGAAAGAAAGAAAGAAAGAAAGAAAGAAAGAAAGAAUGGUUAUUAGUGAAUGAGAGAAUAUGUAUGAGAGAAGUUGUCUGGCAAUCAUCCUUCUUGUGGUCUUCAUCCUAAAGCAUGAUUUUACUUGAGGCUGAGGUUGCUUAAGAGAUAAUUCCCUUUAAUAUGAAAUCUCAGCAAUACAAUGAUAGUAUCUGAAGAUAUGUGAACCAUGUUUAACCUAUUAUUUAUAGACUUUUUGAAUGAGAAUUCUAGAGAACUUUCUAGAAAUCCUCUACAUUAAUACUUGAUUUUCCAGAGAGGUAUAACGAGGUCUAAUUCACUUUAGGUUAGUAGAAGAUUGUUAUAUAUUUUCCCCUAGUUGCAUUUACAAAGUAUCAUGUAAACUUACUACAAAUAUAUGAGCCCAGCUAAAAUACACCCAGAAAAAUUGCAUGCCAGAUUUUUUCUGCAUUCAAAUGAGCUUAGUCGUUUCAAUCAAUCACUUUGGGAUGGGUCUGCCUGGCUCAGGGUUAUUGUUCAUGUUGAGAUCUUUUCUGGGAUUGCCUCUAGAGUCCAAGUGUGUGGAUGUUCCUUACAGUGCUUUGAUUAUGCCUUGUAUUUCUCAAAGUGUCCUUAUCCUGCGAGAUCAUGUCUAGUCUUCCCAAGAAUUACUAGAAAUGGUUUUUAAAUGUUUCACCAGUCAAAUGUACCUCAAACUAUAAAGCUUUGCUUUGGAUGUAGAUCUUAAGACAAAAAUAUUAAGACUGGAAAUACAGUCAUCAAAGGGGAAAUUUAAAAGGCAUUUAUAUAUUCUCUUAUCAUCUACUCACUCACUCACUCACUCACUCACUCACUCACUCACUCACUCACUCACGGUUCUUCUGAAUUAUGGAAUAGCAAUUUAAACAUACAUAUUUAGUGUUGUACUCAUUCAUGUCAUAUUGAAAUGGUUGUAUAGAUGAAUCCUCUGAAGAAUAAAAUAGCCAACCAGAAAUCUAAGUUCUGGAGAGAUCUUUGACAAUCAUACAUUUUCAAAUCAUCUAUUAGAUGUCUUCUAUGCUAGUUAUUAUGAUUUGGGAAGAAAGAAGCCCAAAUAAUUUUUAAAUAUUAGUCUGAAAGUAAUGUUUUAGUGCUUAUGAUAUGGUCUAACCUACGAGAUAGGACAAUCUAAUAUGAACUGAAAGUUCUAGUUGCAUUUUAAAAUUACCUAAGUUAGUAAAGUCAAGUAAUAUUAUUACAGGUAGGUAAAGAAGUAAGCAUUUUAAGAGAAAAUCAAUCUUCAUUUCAAAAGUAAGCUUAUUUUAAAAACAGAAAUGGUAAGGCAGACCUGCACUUUUUCCCCUAUGGCUUAUGUACUUAAGCAUAGUAGACCAAACCAAAAGGAGCCUAGAGCAUGGUUUGCUGACUUUGCUUUCCAGUGUUUCUAUGGAGGACGACUGCUGAAGAAUGAGCUAAUCAGGAUUGUCAAGGCUUGUGUAAAUAUCUAUUCUGAUGAGAACACCCUCCUAAGUGUAAAUAUUCAAGGACUUAACCCAUUUUGAAAAUAGUUUAUCUCAAAAUAAAAAAUUAUAGCAGAACCCAUGAUGUGAUUGAAAAAUGUAUUUCCCAUGGCCCAGAACAAUACAAGGAUGUAUUUCCCAUCACCAUUCCCCCAAUGAAGCUUUCCUUAAAAAGACUGCCUAGAAAUCCCUCCUUAUCAUUGGUAACUAUGCCAUAGUGACCAUUGUAUCAUGUAUCUGCGUGCCUAGUCCUGCAUGGAAAUAAACCACAGACACAUUGUUCCUCAGUAGACUUCUUCUCUUCCAGACAAUAUGCUUCUAGUUUUUGCAAUCUAUAAAAGAAGACAAACCAUGACCAGGUCCCUGCAUUCUAUAAGCCCUGUUACCUGAGCAUCAAGGAACCCCAUCAGGUAACUGAUCUGAUCAGUUCAUCUAAAGCCACAGACCCUGUUUGUGUCUCUGUCUGUAAAUAGCUUCAUGGAGCCAAAAUGCAUGGAAGAAGCUCUGGAAAAGGGUGUGGGAAGUGGUGGUUGGGUUGGUGAGAGCACUGUUUUGGAGGAGAGUCUGUUUGUUCAACUGUCUGUAUUUCACUUGUUGUGCCUUGCCUACUCUGAUUUCAAGGAUACUGUGAUUCCUUUAGAGUGCACAAAACAAUUUCUUUUCCAGGUCUAUAUUUUUAUGCAUUCUGUAAAAGUUAUUAUUCUGUAAAAUUGUCAGUAUUCCAGAGAAUAUUUCAUAAUAAAUUAAGAACUAUACUUGGAAGAAGUGUUUGGGAAAAGUAUUUUGUAAUGAGAGGUAGUGUGGACACUUUGAAGAAAGAUGGAAAAAGGCUGUGGUUCUGUUAUUCAAGGUCGGGGUGAGUAGAAUCUAUAAGCUUCGUAGAUAGAGAGUCACUCAAACUGAAUAUACCCACUCCCAGUUCCCUCCCAACCUCUGAAGGUCUGAUGCUAAUAAUGUGUGUAUAGCAGGCACUUUGCAAGCUUCUUGGACAACUGAGAUGUUUUCUUGGCAGGUGGCUAGUUAUAAAGUUAUAAGCUGAUUCUGAAUAGCAAGAC